AUGUCGGAAGAAGCUUGGUCUAUGCCGAGCAACGAUGCGAUAGUUUUGUCGCUUGUUGCUCCGACGCCGAAUGGCCUUAAGACAGUUGGCCAUAGCUUCCACCCCAAGUUCACCUACUCGAUUUUCGGCGAAGCUGAAGAGAUAUUCGGCUACCAGAACCUCCAGAUCCAGUUGCGGUGGCACGCCAGUGAUCUACGGCCAAAUCUUUCCAUCUCCUACAGCAAGAAAUUUCAGGCGGUGGGCGACACAGAGCCUGUGGAUAUUGAGGGAGCGCUUCGGGAGUUUCUUCCAGAUUCUGCAUUCCAGAAGAAGAGCGAUUGGGAGAAGGCAAUGAGCAACGUCCCGCAAGACUGGACACCUCCAGGCAAGCUGAUCAGGACAUUUACUGCUCCCAAUGGCACAUUCGAAGUUUGGAAAGGAAAUCUAGCCGAUCCUGCAGUGGCACAGCUUUUGAAUCGAGUCCAAAUCCUUGUCCCGCUUUUCAUUGAAGGCGGUACCAAGAUCAACACUGAUGAGCCUGAUGCGGACAGGUGGACCGUUUUCUUCCUCUACCAAAAGAAAGAGUUGACCGAUUCUUGCUGUACAAACCCAUACGUCUUUGUCGGCUACUGCACCGUCUACCGCUUCUUCCAUUUUCAGCCUCCCUCACCACCGGCUACGCCCUCCGAGACUAAGUUGGAGGAGAUGGAUCAGGUUCUCCGCAAAGGCGAUUUCGAUCUAAACUUACUCCCCUGCCGGUCGCGCAUCUCUCAGUUCCUCGUCAUUCCACCUUUCCAACAAAGGGGCAUUGGCACGCGCCUAUAUAGUAUCAUCUUCCAGGAUUACAUCCAACAUCCUCAGACAGUUGAGAUCACGGUUGAAGACCCCAAUGAAGCCUUUGACGACCUUCGUGACGUUGCUGACCUGCACUAUUUGCGGCGCAUGCCCGAGUUCCGGGCGCUGCAUUUAAACACAGGUAUCGUUCUAUCCAAGAACGGUCCCGCCCCGAAUAAUAUCGUCGAUAAGACCGCAUAUGAUGCGGUGCGCGCAAAGGCCAAGAUCACCCCGCGCCAGUUCGCCCGUCUUGUUGAGAUGCACCUUAUGUCGCAGUUACCUGAGACUGUGCGCCCGGGAAUAGGCGUUGAAGAGGACAAUGCUAGAGGCAAAGGCAAGGCGAAGGUGAAGAUGCCAACACCAGAAGACAAGCACGCAUACCGGCUUUGGCGUCUACUUGUCAAGAAGCGGCUGUACAAGCACAACAAGGAUGCUCUUAGCGAGUUGGAUGUUGAGGACCGAGUCCAGAAACUUGACGACACGGUGUCAAGCGUCGAGUUUGACUAUGCCCGGCUUCUGGUCAAGGCAGAGGACCAGGCUGAGAACUUUGAAGAGAUUCUGCCUGCUCAGCCGGCCGAUGGGUUCAAGGAAAAGGACAAGGCUGUGACUAACGGGUCACCUGCCACGAACGGCACUGGGAAGCGGAAGGCUGACGAGGACAGGGCUGUAGAAAUGGCCAGCAAAAGGGCAAGGGUUGAAGAUGCUGAUGACGAGUAG